CUCUUUCGCCUUCUCUCACGGCGAAGAACAGAAAAACGAAGCUGCCAAGAACAGCAAUGUAGUAUCCAGACGACCCUUCGCGCCGAACGCUAGCCGCCCUGCACUCCCAUUCGUGGAGAAACUCACCGAGAAUCCUUCACCUUCCCCAGCUUCACGGCACCUUACUGUGGGGAUGGCCCCAGAUUCACUCCACAAACUCGGCACGAAUCUAUAACUUCCCGCAUUGCUCCAUCUGGGGAAGCCAACGAGGUCCUGCUGCCAGUUCUUCUGCAAUCUCGAGUGGAGAAGCAACACCAUCGCCACCAUGCCGUCGCAAUUCUUCAAGAACCGCAGGGUCUAUCUGCUUACCUCGGUAGCCUAUAUGGGGUCGCUGCUGUUUGGCUAUGACACCGGAGUAAUGGGCUCGGUCCUCGCCCUCAAAGCAUUCAAGCAAGACUUCGGCCUCCCAACUGACAAGUCUGGUUUUGCCAGCGCCAAAAAUGCCUCCGUCAGCUCAAACGUCGUGUCGCUGCUCACCGCCGGCUGCUUCUUCGGUGCCAUCGCUGCCGCAUUCCUGAACGAACGCUUCGGACGUCGGUACAGCCUCAUGGGCUUUGCUUUGAUCUUUUUGGUUGGCGCUUCCAUCCAAACCGCCGCUCACCAUGAGAUCGGUAUGAUCUAUGCCGGGCGCGUGAUCGCUGGAUUAGGAAUCGGUGGCAUGAGUAGCAUUACUCCUGUUUUCGUCAGCGAAAACAGUCCACCGAAUGUGAGGGGACGCAUUGCCGGGUUGUUCCAAGAGUUCUUGGUCAUUGGCAGUACCUUCGCCUACUGGCUCGAUUAUGGCGUCUCCCUUCACAUCCCCGUUUCCACCCGCCAAUGGCGCAUUCCUGUCGCCAUCCAACUCAUCCCCGGCGGUUUUAUGCUCAUCGGCCUCUUCUUCCUCAAAGAAUCCCCCCGCUGGCUCAUGAAGCAAGGCCGCCACGACGAGGCCGCCGCCUCGCUCGCCCACAUCCGCUGCGAAGAGCCCGGCAGCGAGGAAGUCAUCAAGGAACUCGCUGAAAUCCGUGCCGCUAUCGAAGAAGAGCUUAACGCGACCGAGGGCGUCACGUGGAAAGAAUGUUUGCUUCCCGGCAACCGUUAUCGCUUCCUCACAGGAUUUUGCCUCAUGUUCUGGCAGCAAUUUUCCGGCACGAAUAGCAUUGGAUACUAUGCGCCGCAGAUCUUCCAAACGGUGGGCGUGUCUAAGUCGUCUGCGUCGCUGUUUGCGACUGGUGUGUACGGGACUGUAAAGGUCGUGACGACAGGCUUGUUUCUGAUUCUUGGUAUUGACCGCUUCGGGCGGAGGAAAAGUCUGCUGGCUGGCGCCGCGUGGAUGGCUACUAUGAUGUUCAUCAUCGGUGCGGUUUUGGCAACGCAUCCACCGGUUGUGAAGUCAGACACAGUCUCGUCUGCGUCUAUUGCCAUGGUCGUUAUGAUCUAUCUCUAUGUCAUCGGAUACUCCGCAUCCUGGGGCCCCGUCCCAUGGGUGUAUCUGUCGGAGAUUUUCCCAACGCGCCUGCGCGCGUAUGGUGUUGGCAUGGGUGCUGCGACUCAAUGGCUCUUCAACUUCGUCAUCACGAAAAUCACCCCCGAAGCUGUUAAUCACAUCGGCUGGCGCACUUUCCUCAUGUUCGGUAUCUUCUGUAUGUCAAUGGGCAUCUUCGCGUUCUUCUUUAUCAAAGAAACGCGCCGCCUCAAGCUGGAGGAUAUGGAUAUCCUCUUCGGUAGAGUGACGGCUGAGCAGCGCGCGGAGGAUGUAGAGAGGACGCUCGCUGUAGAGAAGAAGGGCGCGAUAUAUUUGGAAGAGGCACCGAAGGCUUGAGGAGGUCAAGGGUCAAGGGUCGGCUAGUGCGGGCAGUGAUGUGUGGUGAUAUGGCUGUCUCUCUCCUAUAUCAAAGCUAGUCUUCUCUCAGUUUUAGUAUAGUGAUACGCUUUCCAAACGCGAUCAUUUACAUGUCAUGCCCAUGUUAAUAUCAUGACAGAUCGAGCACACAUAUUGACAACAUCUCCAUCUCUGG